ACACUUUCCGUAAACCCGUGAUAAUGGUAUCCACGUGCCCGCCUCAUAUCCUCAGGGCUUACAAGAAUGGCGACUUCACGGACUUGGUCAUUAGCUGCGGCGGAUCGGAAUUCGCAGUUCAUUCUGUUGUCGUAGGCUCAGCUUGCGAAUUCUUUGCCAAAAGUCUUAAGUUCCCUGGAAAGGAAGCGGAGAAAAGGCGUAUUGAUUUGCAAGAAGAUGACCCGGAGAUGAUACGCCGACUGGUGGCUUACCUCUACGUGGGCGACUAUGACCCUUCUCAUGAAGUUGGUAUCAAAGCUUUCGGCAACAUUAAACAGCACAAAAGCGAUACAGAAGCUGCCCUAACUUAUCAUCCACGUAAUCUGCAACUCAAGGAUGCUGAACAUCUAAAGUGCGCAUGCCUUGCACCAAAUUUAACCAAGAUCGAGCAGCUUGUGUUUAGCAUCGGCACGCCUGAGCUAGCUCUCACUUCCAGCAUUGGCGAAACAAUAUGCAAGGGCAUUCAAGUCAAGGAGCCACUCACCAUCCAUGCAACAAUGUACGCACUUGCCGACAAGUAUCAAGUUGCGGGUCUUGGCGGUGUCGCCAAAGCCAAGUUCGAAGAGACGCUCCAUCACCACUCUAAUUCCGUGGACUUCAUCAACGCCGUUCAGAUCGCCUACAGUAGCACUCCGGAUUCAAAUCGUGGUCUCAGAGAUACCGUAGUAAGAGCUUUCCGGGUACACUUCCAAGUCAACGUGGCAGAGAUACCAGGCCUCGAGGCAAAACUAGAGACUAUCGACAAGCUUUCCUUCCUGCUUAUCAAGUCCUGGCCUAAGAAGACGGAGCCUGCACAAUCUGGGUAUGCGGGCCUGUUCGGUAGCAGUGCUAGUUCUGAACGGAAAUCUGCCACGCCAGUUCCUAGCUUGUUCGGAACCAUGCCCAGGCCGCCUGUCACUGGCGGCCUUGCAGCUUCAGCCCCCCUUUUUACAGCAUCUACUACAAAUACCCGAUAAGAUAGUCUUGUGGCGGAUUGUCCUAGGCCCUGCACGUAGCUUACCGCAUGCGUUCUAUCGGCAGGUAUCGUUCUACGUUGGGGUAUAUGUACAGUUACUUCCAUACAGAUAGUCGUCGAGCUGAGCAGUAAGCUCGCUAGUAUUGCCUGCUUAAUAUAUUUUUGGGGACCAUAUA